AUGCGUGAAAUUGUUCAUAUGCAAGUUGGUCAAUGUGGCAACCAAAUUGGUACAAAAUUUUGGGAAGUUAUUUCGGAUGAGCAUGGUAUCGAUCCUACUGGAAUCUAUCAUGGGGAUUCUGAUCUUCAACUUGAACGUAUCAAUGUAUAUUAUAAUGAAGCUGCUGGUGGCAAAUAUGUACCCCGUGCUGUUCUCAUCGAUUUAGAACCAGGUACUAUGGAUUCAGUUCGUGCAGGUUCCUAUGGUCAACUCUUUCGAUCUGAUAAUUUUGUAUUUGGUCAAUUAGGAGCUGGUAAUUGCUGGGCUAUAGGGCAUUAUACUGAAGGUGCUAAACUUAUUGAUUCAGUGUUGAAUGUUGUCCGUAAAGAACCUGAAUCAUGUGAUUGUCUUCAAGGCUUUCAGUUAACACAUUCACUAGGCGGUGGAACCGGAGGAGGUAUGGGCACAUUGCUUAUUUCGAAAAUUUGUGAAGAAUAUCCGGAUCGUAUUAUAAGUACUUUCAGCGUUAUUCCGUCGCCUAAAGUCUCAGACACCGUGGUCGAACCAUACAAUGCCAUGCUAUCUUUCCGAUACUUGAGUGAGAAUACGGAUCAAACUCAUUGUAUCGAUAAUGAAGCUUUGUAUGAUAUUUGCUUUCGUACUUUGAAACUAACUACGCCAAUCUAUGAUGACUUGAACCAUCUCGUUUCGACAACUAUGUCAGGCAUCACCACUUGUUUUCGAUUUCCUGGUCAACUCAAUGCUGAUCUCCGUAAAUUGUCUGUAAACUUAGUGCCAUUUCCAAGUUUACACUUUCUCAUGCCUGGCUUUGCUCCAUUGACUUCUCGUGCUUCACAACAAUAUCGUGCCUUAACAAUACCUGAACUCACUCAACAAAUUUUUGACGCUAAGAAUAUGAUGGUUGCUUGUGAUCCUCGACAAGGUCGAUAUCUAAGUGCUGCAGUCAUCUUCCGUGGUCGGGUUUCAACGAAAGAAGUUGAUGAACAAAUGCUUAAUAUUCAGAACAAGAACUGUUCGUACUUUUCCGAUUGGAUUCCAAAUAACGUUAUGACAUCUAUAUGCGAUAUCCCACUUCGUGGUCUGAAGAUAUCAGCUAAUUUUAUCGGUAAUAAUACUGCUAUAAAAGAAGUAUUUAAACGCAUAAGUGAACAAUUCACUGCUAUGUUUCGUCGAAGGGCAUUUCUCCACUACUAUCCAUAUGAAGGAGGUAUGGAUGAAAUGGAAUUUAUCGAAGCCGAAUCGGCCAUGAAUGAUUUGAUUUGUCAAUAUACAGAAAAUUGGGGUGCAUCCGUUGAUGGAUCACAAAACACAACUAAUGUGACUGGAGGAAAUGAUGAUUCAUCAAUGACAGCCGGCAGUUCAAAUUCUAAGUAUGAUUAUCUUCAGCAAGGCAUUCGAUAUGCUGAGCAGGCUGUACAAGACGAUAGAGCUCACAAUUAUAAAGUUGCUGCACAACAUUAUAUGAGUGCAGCUGAUUCACUCAUACAUGCAGUGAAAUAUAUUACAAAUAAUCCUCAAAUGAAACACGACUUACGAUCGAAAAUCGAGAGUUAUAUCAAACGAGCAGAAGAGAUUGAGCAAAUUUUAAAGGAUACUGGAACCAAAAGCAAGACUAGCGCUGUUUGUGUCUAUUACCUUAACAAUACGAGCGACAAUGAAGGUGACGAUUCGAAUGGAUCGCAAAACACUUCUCUUGAUCCUACUUAUAAUCACAACGUACGUACUGUGGCUAGAGAAAAUGAUGAUUCAGCAAUGAUAACCGGUACUCCAAAUAUUUGCCAUGAUUAUCUUCGGAAAGGUAUUCGAUGUGCUGAACAGGCUGUAAAAGAAGAUGAAGCUCACAAUUAUAAAGCUGCUGCACAAUAUUACAUGACAGCAGCUGAAUGGCUCAUGCAUGCAGUAAAAUACGUUGCAGAUAAUCCUGAAAUGAAACAAAUGUUACGAUCAAAAAUCGAGAGUUAUAUCGAACGAGCAGAAGAGAUCAAACAACAUUAA